UUCGAAACUGCCACUGCUUUCGCAAUCUAGGGAAAUGCAGCGUUUACUGUGUGGUGUAAAGAAUGAUUUGGCAUACACGGUGCCGUGAUCCUUGUGAUGGUCCUGUCGCGUUCACGACGCUGGUGUUUGUGGUGGGGAUGGCAAAUUUUGGCUGAGCAAAAGUUGUGCUUUCUGCUUUGCUUCGCAGACGAAUUUGAUGCGGAAAAACCCACCACAUAGCAAGUGGUUGACGGGACGAUAAUUUCCGUCCAGAAGAAAUCGGCUGUCUGACUGCUUAUAAAUAUUCAGUGAAACAACACACAGCCAAAGUGAACGACAGCAGCUACACAGUACAGCAAGUGAGAGUGAAUUAACUUUAUAUAGCAACAAAGUGCGGUGGCGGAAAGUGAAAUACUCCAGCGGAGCGGAGGGUGGAAAAGGUACAAUUACCAACCAUAUUAUCUUCAUUAUCGAUUUAUAGUUCUAGUCUGGAAAACUAUGCAGUUGCAGUUCGGAUUUAAUUUUGUUUCCAGUGUAUUUAUGUGCAGUCUGUUUCACAAGGAAGGAGGCACCAUCUGCCCGGGUUGAUUCGAGCGUUACCGUCCCGGAUAUAACAACCCUUCUGCCCGUCUUGUCCGUCGUCUGGCUGCUGGUAGGAACCUGAGGAAUUGCAUGCAUAUUCAUCGUCGUUAUCGCCCCGGUGGAAUAAAUUUUUAAUAGCAGCAAUCACUGCUCGUUUCGUGGAAACGCUCGUCAUCCACCUGGAGCUGUCUGUGAGAAAAUAAAAAAGAAGGGGUUGAAAAUCUCCUGGAGUCGAGAGUAGAUACGACGAUGGCAAGCCUGGUGCAACCGUCGACGGCAACCCACUCGCAACAGGUGGUCCAAAGCCAGCAAAUCGCAAUCGAGAUUUCUUCCGAACCGAUGCCGGCGCCUCAGCAGCUACAAAUUCACCAUCAGGAAUUGCAGGCCCAUGCCCUGCUCGCCCAGUGUCAGCAGCCGCCUCCGUCCCUGACGCCGACGCCGAGCGUUGAUAUUGUGCUGCGGGAAUCAACCCGUGCAAACUUGAUCAGCCGGAAGAAGACAUCCGUCGGUGGCGAUAGGCGCGGCCCCGGCGGCACUGGCAGUAGAUCCAGCCGGCGGGAUGAUAAAGACGAAGGAAAAUCCGUCUACCGAAAGUUCUUCAAGCGCAUCAAGACGAUACUGGAUGGCAACGAUCCGACGACGAAAAGCAAACCGGAAGCCGAGGAUCUGCCCGUUCCACAGCGCUACUAUCCGGACUCGUUGGGCGAACUGACCCGGACUGCCCGGUUUACGGAGGACGAGAUCAAGCGGAUAUACCGGGGCUUCAAGGCGGAGUGUCCCACCGGCAUCGUGAAGGAGGAAACCUUCAAAGGCAUCUACUCCCAGUUCUUCCCGCUCGGUGCAGCCAGUGGCCAGUACGCACAUUACGUAUUCAAUUCCAUAGAUCUGGACCGCAAUGGUUCAUUGAGUUUCGAGGAAUUUGUGGCUAACCUAUCGAUUCUACUCCGCGGUACCGUGGACGAGAAGUUACAGUGGACAUUUUCGCUGUACGACAUCAACGGGGACGGCUGUAUUACCAAGGAAGAGAUGAAGGAAAUCGUAACCGCCAUCUACGAGCUGAUGGGGAAAGUCCCCGAGGGCUGCGAGGAAGAACAAGCCAUUAAGGAAAAAGUUGAACGACUGUUCGAGAAAAUGGACCGCAAUUGCGAUGGAAAAAUUACUCUGGACGAGUUCAUCGAGUGCUGCACCACCGACGAGAGCAUCCGUCGUUCGAUAGCAGUUUUCGAUACCAUCUUCUAAGCAUGCUGUGUGACAAUGAAAGAGUGAUAAAAUUGUUGACAGCAGUAACCCCCUUCUUCCCCCCCACCAUCUUCCCCUUCCCCAUCCCACAGAAACCAGUGUGAUAAAAUGAUGUGAAAUUGUCGUUUCUUCCAGUACAUUGUUCCUUAUUAUCAGCCCGCACUACUGCAGCAGGUUUUCCCGCUAUCCUUAACUAAAGUGUUAUCGUAGAAUUGAAUCCCCUUUACAUUGUCCUUGUUCGAAAACGAUAAAUGAUCAGCGCUUAACAGCCAUCCUUCAGGCAAGGAAUAGUAUGUACUAGCAUGGUGUGUAGGGUCAAGCCAACGAUUUUCGAUUGCAACGGAAUAGGAAAAUAGUAGUUCGAUCAACAAGUGUAGAUGUCACACUACUAGCGCAAGCAACAGCUCUUGUAUAAUCAACACACAUACAAACACACAAACACAUCGCUCCUAGAGCGAGUGAAUGCCUCUACUUGACAACGAAAUUAUGUAGGCCAUCGAUAAGUACACAUUGCCAAUGGAGAGUAUUCGCCAGGUUUUACCUACCUAUACGAUGCAGUGCUGAUCUAAUCGUGUAAACUUACGACCGGCAUUGGGUUUAGCGUUAAGUCAUUCCGUUGCAAAGUCUCGUACGGCACAUGACUAGGCACACUCCCGGUAUCGUAUCGUAUCGUAUUGUCAAACAGAGCGGUGUUAGACACUUCGGAUCGGGAUAUACGACGAGAAAUGAUGUAUUACCUUGCCAUUAGAUGAAAAAUUUUACUCCGAGCAAUUUCGAUCAUAGCUUGGGAUAACAACAGAGCUGAUUAAUGUUCCAACAAGCAUUAUUUGCUAGGGAUAUUGUUUCGUAUAUUGCAUUAUAGAUAGUAUGUAAUAAUAGCAAUAUUGUAUGCAAUUAUCAGAAGGCAAUUUUGACAUGUGGUUAGGGUUUGUGUUGAGAUGCUUCCCAUACUGGAGGUAGAAUUUUGUAUUGCUUAGUCUCAACUAUAAGGAUACAUGUUCUGUAAUCACUUACUAACCCUUUUUCUUGUCUUUUGAUAAUUAGUUGAUAUAGGGUGCGUUCGACAUUCGAGGACAUUUAUAUAUAAAUACUACUGUGGGCAAAAAGUAGCAUAACUUUUGAAUUAUAUUUCACGUGGAAACCUUAUUCGUCGAAAUAUUUACCUUUUUUCUGGGUUGGUAUGACUGUUGGUGACAUCUGCGUCAAGUGUCACGCAAAAUAUUCAUUAGUGAUUAGUAUACGUCUGUCUUUUUGAAAUAUUAAAAGUGCAAUCGGCAAUUUUACAAUGAGUGAAAUUAUUCAACAAAGAAGUUCCAUUAAAUUUUGUGUACGGAAUUUCUGGUGCCGAAACGUUCAGAAUAAUUGUAUGUUUUUGAUUGGUACAAGUUGUUCAAAGAAGGUCAAGAACGCGACGACGAACCGCGUCCAAGACGGCCAUCAACAUCAACUGAGGAUGGACACGUCAAUAAAAUUAAAAGAACCGUGCUCGAGAAUAGACGAUCAACAGUCAUAUCAGUUACUGAGAUCGUUGGAAUAUCGGAAGGAUCAGUAAAACCCAUUUUGAAGGAUCAUUUGGGCCUAAGAAAAGUGAAAGCCCGAUUGGUUAAAAAAUCACUCAAUUUUUUCCGAAGAAAGAACAGCGUCACGUUAACGUCUGUAAAACAAAGCCAAAAAUUCAACCAAUCGCGUUCCGCAACCACCGUAUUCGCCUGAUUUAGCACCCUGCAGCUUAGGGCUAUUCAGCAAACAUCAAACGACCGCUCCGGGGAAACCGUUUUGUGUCAAUCGAAGACAUCAAACGUGAAUCGCUAAGCGCAUUGAAGGCUAUUCCGGAAAUUGACUUUAACAACUGUUUCGAGGAUUAGAAAAAAAACCUGUUUUAAUCCACCUAGUGGUGUAAUGAUGCCUUUCUCAUAUCAAUCAUACCAUCAUGUAUAAUACUGUGGUAUUCUUCAAAAUAAUUCUCUUCGAUUCUUAAAAGAAUAAUCGAAAUCGGUUUGUUCGACCGUCUACUGGUUUAUGUUUUUUUUUUCUAAUGGUUUUUCGUCCUUUUCAGUGAUGGUAUAAAUUUUUUACAUACUUUACCCUAUAUUUCCGGAUCCGGAUGAAUUUCAUGAAUUAAGUAUGGUACCACAGGACCUUUCAUUUGAACCUAAGUUUGUGAAAAUCGGUCGCGCCAUCUAUGAGAAAAGUUAGAAAACAUAUUUUAAUUUUUUUUUGCGCAUUUUACCCUGUACCUCCGGAACCGGAAGUCGGAUCCAAAUAAUAUUCAGGAAUUUUGUAUGGGACCACAAGACCUUUCAUUUGAAUCUAAGUUUGUGAAAAUCGGUUGAGCCAUCUCCGAGAAAAGUUAGUGCAAAAAAACGUUACACACACACACACACACACACACACACACACACACACACACACACACACACACACACACACACACACACACACACACACACACACACACACACACACACACACACACACACACACACACACACACACACACACACACACACACACACACACACACACACACACACACACACACACACACACACACACACACACACACACACACACACACACACACACACACACACACACACACACACACACACACACAUGAUUGCAUAACCUUUCUAUAUGAGAAAGGCAAAAAACGUUGGUACAAGUGUAUUGGGGCCGGAGGUGAUUACUUUGAAAAAUAGGCGAAAUAGAUUUGGAAGAAUAAAUAAAGAAUUUUGAUAUAAUGAAAGAAAGUCUUACUACUUUUUGCCCACAGUAGUACGUACACACUUUUUUUCGCUCAAUCUCGGCAAAAUAAUUGCCUAGAUUUGCUCCGCCGAGUAUUCGGUAAUCAUCUCGACAAAAGAUAAAACUGCUGAGUCUCGGUAAUCUUAGAUUCGACAAACGGUAGAGAAACUGACCAACACUAUAAAAAUAACUGCUUGCAUACAAAAUUUGAACACAACCUUGGCGAAGAAGAGCUUAAGAGCUGAGGCCAGUAGGUCGCGUAUAACCACGUGGCUCGCUCUGCGUUUUACAUAUCCCUCAAUGCUCUCUCGCAAAUGUGCAAAACAACUCUCGAUGUGGCCAAGUGGCCAAGAAAGUUUUGAUAUUUUCGGUUACAAGUUUGACUACAUCACAUAAAAUCCAAUAAAGCUACCGCUUGUUUGGCAGCCUUGCUGAGCCGAUUUUAUUUCUCUCUCAUGUUUCGUUACGUUACCAGAAUACAAGAGCAGAAAAAAAUGGAGCCGCCAUAGAAAUGGACUUACCAUUACAAAAAUAACAUUCACUUAAUUUUUAUCGCGACAACAUAUAUGGUUUCAUGCACUAAUCGCAUCUAAACUAAAUUAUCUAGACAUUGUCAGGAAAGAUUUUUGAUCCAUGCUUUUGAUGGCGAGAUAUUCAAUGAACAAGUUGAAAGUUGCCUUUUUCAGCUAUGCAAUUCUUCCUUCAGAAAAAAGACUUUCUCGACCGCUAAAGUCAAACAAGCAUUCUGAAAUUUUCACAGAAUAAUCUAAACUAAUUUUCUAAGAGAUUGUCAGUUGGGGUUUUUGAUAUUCGUCACCGUUUCUGAGAAAAUCAGAUUUGAAGCGUGCCCUUUAAAACGCCCUAAAACACACUGGCCUCAGCCCUUAAUUGGUAUGCUCUGAUCUAGUGUCAUGCAAGCUCGGAAUUCCAUGUUAUGUCGUUUCCCCAUCAGAAAUUGACAACUUCCCCUGGAUAAAUUUUGAGUGCUUAAGAUUAAUUUCUAAUUUAUAUUAGAUGAUCUCGAUUGAUAAUGAGAAAUAGUUUAUCGCUUCAACCGAAAUCGCAGAAUGGUAGAGAAACUUAACGCUAAAAAAAACUGCUUGCAUAAAAAACUUGAACAUAAGCUUGGCGAAGAGAAGCUUAAUUAUCGAAAUCGCAAGUAUGUACAAAGAUAUAAUUGCAUAUAUUUGGGAUAAUGGUGUAAUUUCGUCGGUUAUAAAACAAAUGCAAAUCAAGACAAAUGAUGUUCGGUGUUGGUUCGGAUUGAUUGAACUUUUUGAUUGUAGAUCAUUAGAAAUUUUUGUUGCCUUGUUCCACAUCAAUGGUCGAACAACCCCAUGGGGCUGAUCCUUGUAGUUUUUUUUUCUACAAUUUAAACAUUCAAUUGGAAAUCAAGAGUUCGUUGUAUUUUACUUAUGUUUCAAGAACGUACCAUUGUAAAUAUGCCAUUCGGACUAAAUGCCGAUUGUCGGAAAUGUUGGUUGGCAUGUUGUUAAAGCUCUUCGAUAUAUCUUAUAAAGACUGGAAGUUGCUUUCUACAAAUAAUCUACAAUAAUUUGUAGUUAUCAUACUUACUGAAUAGAUGGGUCCUUUUGACUUAUUCAGUUUCUCAUAAAUUUUAAAAAGCAUGAGAAAACCAUAAAUAAUUGAAAAACAAUGUUUCAUAAACCAUGGAAAUAAUGAGGAGAAUUAAUCACGCUUGCUUGCCUUUGGACUUCGAUCGUCUGGAGCAGCAGUCGCCAGUAAUAAGAGCAGACUUUUAGCUUGGUACAAAACCUCAAACGCUCUGGUCGUGCGCUCAUUUGGACUUCGGUCGUCGGGAGCAGCAGUCGCCAGUAAUGCUUUUUAGACUUCGCUCAUCAGGUGGAGCAGUCGGCUAUGAAAGCAGACCUCAAACCUCAAAACUUUUUUUUUGGGAUUUAAAGACUUUUACAAAGUAAGAAAAACUAAAAUAAGAACCCAGUUUUCUCAUUUUGUCUUAGCGAAAACACAGCUAAACUAUAUGUUCCUGUAAUUUUCACGUUUCGGACCAACGUUAAAUCUUUACAGUCCAAAAUCCUACAAUUAUAGGGAGAAAAAAAUUAAUUCGGUCCGUUUUUGUUUUGGGGUCAAAAAGGCAUUUGUUGCAAAAUAAAAAGAAUUUUACGAUUAAUCAAAGUAUCAAAGUCCAUCGCUAGUUACUGCUGUUUCCCAUCUCUUAGGCAAUUUUCGAAUUCCAUCUCGAAAACAUGUCUCGUCUCUCGAGGCGAUCCAAGUUUGAAGUCAAUUUUCGAUUUCUGCGAAAAAAGUAAACCGUUGACCUGCCACAUCGUGCUGGACCCGUCGGAAUCAGAAGGAGCAAUGUCAGGAGAAUGCGACGGGUGCGACACUUGAGCGUUUCCAAAUAUUUUUUCACGACUUUCGCGACAUGAAGCCGAGCGUUGUCAUACAGGAGAAUAACUUUAUCAAGUCUUUGCUUGUAUUCCACGGCGGUUCUUCUCGUAAUGUACGGCUCAAACGCAUCAAUUGUAGCCUAAACCGAUAGCCUGGUUGUAGCAGCUCAAAGGACAAAAUACCUUUUCGGUCUAACCAGAUGGGCAACAUGACCUUCGUAUCAUGAAUAUUCGGCUUUCGUGUUGAUGUUGAGAAUUGACCGGACAUACCGUAGUAUUUUUUUCUUGUGGCUAUCAUAGAAUAUCCAUUUUCCACUUCCAGUAACAAUUCGAUGUGAAAACCCUUUUCUUUUGUUGCCUUCGAAUCAGCUGCUCGCUGAUUUAAUCGUUUUAACUGCUCGUUGAAUCAUUUCCAAUGCUUCAGCAAAUUCCUCUUGCGUUUGACUCGGAUUUUCAUCGAGUAAUGCCUCCAACUGUUUUCCUUAAAACGCGAGGCCUGCCAAAAUCUUCAUUCUUGAAACGUCAAAACCAUUCCCUACAUAAUUUAUCAGUUGGAGUAUUGUUACCAUAGACAUCCACUAGCAUUUGAUGCGCUUCAGCUGGAAACAGUUAAAAGCAGCUUCCAGUUAAAACAGAAAACUAACAUGAAAUUGCAAAUAAUUAACACAGAGAAAAGGAAGGUUUUUUAAAGAAAAAAAAACUCGAAGCAAUUUGAACUGAAUAUCAAUGGCAGAUGUCUAACUUUUUUUACUAUCGUUAUCAGCUGUUACAGGCAAUCUUUUAUCGUAUCAAAGAACACUCACCAGCAACUCUUCACACGAUUGAAUCAGUGCCAUCAAAGAGAGACGGAUAUCAUCGCAGCAACAAAAAACCGGCAUGGUUCAUUUAACAUACAGGGUCCGGCACUCGAAGUGUAACCAAUUAAAAAGGCCAUAAAUUCAGUUUGGAAAAUUACUUUUACUUAAUUCAAAGUACAAAAUGUGUAAAAAUAAUACAAAAUUCAGAAUCAAUUCACUUUUGCUCGAUAUGACCACCUUUUGCCUUGACUAUGGCCUUGAGACGGUCAAAAAACGAAUCGCAAGCUGCCGAAUGUGACUUGCAGGUAUUUAGGCCCACUCGCGGACAAUAACUUUUUUCAGCGCCUCGAGACUGGUGUAUUUUUUAGUUCGGACUUUGCUCUCCAAAAUGGCCCAAAGAGAAUAAUCCAUUGGAUUCGCAUCUGGUGAAUUCGAGAGCCAUUGUGUGGACGUGAUGAAGUUCGGAACGUUGUUUUUCAGCCAUUCUUGGUUCACUCGAGCUUUGUGAGACGGUGCCGAGUCCUGCUGAAACAUCCAUGGUCUGCCACCGAAAUGUUUGUCUGCCCACGGCUUCAAAGCAACCUCCAGAAUACUUUCCCGAUAAUAUGUCGCAUUUACCUUGACGCCAGGCUCGAUGAAAACGAUUGGAGAGCGCCCAUCUGCGGUUACAGCGGCCCAAACCAUUAUCUGUUGCGGGUGCUGCCUCCUGGUGGUCAAUCGAUUACUCAAAUUCUCGUAUGAACGGUCGGUCAAGUAAACCCUAUCGUUUUGAGAGUUUACGAAUUGCUCAAUUGGAAAAAUUUUCUCGUCAGAAAAUACAAUGUUCGGAAAUUGACCGCUUACGGCCAAACGAAGCAACUCCUUCGCUCUCUCCAGUCAUCAAGUCAAGGCAAAAGGUGGUCAUAUCGAGCAAAAGUGAAUUGAUUCUGAAUUUUGUAUUAUUUUUACACAUUUUGUACUUUAAAUUAAGUAAAAGUAAUUUUCCAAAGUGAAUUUAUGGCCUUUUUAAUUGGUUACACUUCGAGUGCCGGACCCUGUAGAAUAGAUACCAGUGCGAGAGCGAAUUUCUCUCGAUGACCUGUCUGAGAAUCAAAGGUUAGCUCGCUGGGGAUUCUCUCUAAAGCAACAAACGGUCGCUUAUUCUCGUUUCGCGAUCCGAUUCUGUAUGGGCAGUCGAUAAUUGCGAUAGAAUCAUUUUACUAUUGCCGCUUAUUUUAACUGUGUGCAUAUAAUCUUUGUAUAAGUUGCAUCUAUGAAAAUAGCUGUAAAUGCUCCACACAAGGGUUUUGAAAUAUUGCAACCUAGUAUGAGAAACAUCAAGUUGAAUCAUCGAUUCGAUUUUCUGCGAUAAUUGUCAACUUGCGAUUCUCUCUUGGGAAAUUCCACACAUCAACGAUCAUUAUCAGACUGUAAUUUUUUUAGGGCCGUGAAAUACUCAGAGUAUGAGGUGGAGCGAAGAAGUGCAGAAAAAUUCUCUCGCGGUUCAUGCAUUGAGAGACUCGAUUUCUUGUAGCAUCUUCUACCGGAUUGAAACUGUUGUAUACAAUAUAGAUAGCAAUAUAGCAGCUUCUGUCAAAUUUCCGGCAAUCACCAACACUGGUUACAGUUCAAUAUUCAUAACAGCCAGAGCUAUCUUUUGAAAACGAACCGAACUUAUUUGUAAUAGUUUAGAACGGGUUCAGUAUUGAACGAUUUUGAAACACUUUUGUUGGACUUUAAGCUGGGCAGUUUCGACCUCAAUAAUUGUCAAAUUGACAUUAGUUAGGAUUGGAACAAACUCCGGUUCAGCCUUAAGCAACAAGGCAACCAAAUUUUACACACUAAUGCAAGGUUAAUACAUCUCCUCGAUUUCGAUCACAAAAAAACUGUAAUUGUUCCAUUAUCAUUUCUUCCUAUAUAUCGCGCUUGUAUCUGCUUGAAGCAACUCUAGUCAAUACAGAAAUAUCAAAUAAAACAAGUGAUAUAAAUGUUGUCAAUGUCAGAGAUAAUAAAUAAAUGCAUGGUUGCUUUGCUUCCAUACGAAUUGAUAGAAUGUAGCGCUAGUAUAGCUGCGAUUUUUCUGUGGCAUGAAUGUGUUCAAUGGAUAUCUGUCAGAACUAAGUGUUUUAGCAUUUUUUAAGUAUAUUGUUUAGCAAUUCAGCAUGUGCAAUAUCAAAUCAGUGAAGUCGAAAUAAAAGAAAAAUACAAAUGCUUAGCUGUAAAUGUUCGUGUUGUUAGUAGUAGGCUAAAACAAAACAAGAAAAUAAAAACUUAUGUUUACACACUAAAUGUAUACCAACAGAACAUAUAACUAAUACUUUAUCAAUUUAGGUUCUGUUAAACUGUUGAGCUCAUUGUUGUCGCAUUGAAGACACACACAUUCAAGUUUUGUAUGAUGAUCCCGUUUUAAUAUAAAGCAUGAGAAUCCAAAAAUAUAUCAAAAACCCUUUCCAAAUCUCACGCCAACUGUUAGAUGUUCCAAUUUUUUCCUUAAACUUAUUAUGAAUCUUGCCACAUAAUCUACUUAUCAACAUAAUCAAUCCUAUAACUUUGAAAACUUUUGCUACCGUUUCCUGUUGCUAAUGUCUUAACCAAGCAUGUCUAUUGUUCCAUUAUGGUUAAUCGUUCUAAAUCUUUGCAAUACUCAGAACUCCGUAGGAGCAAGUUGGUGCAAAAUAAAUGUCAGUGAAUGUAUAAUAUAGUGAUGUAUACUUUAGCGGGUGAACACAGAUGCCAAGAGCUUCUCGACUGUACGGAACCAAGAUGGUGAACCUGAAAAACAAAAACAAAAUAAGCAGAAUGAUGCAAAUCAAAAGUAGAUAACAGAAAAAUAAAUAUAUCAACAACUCACUGGAAACCCCAGCCAGAACGGCCCCUUGCCGAGUAGUCUCCUUUCUGAUGUUAAAAAAAACCUGAAAAACUCCAGUGAUAGACUCGUUUACAUACAAUAUUAUACAUGGUGAUGAAUGUUUUUCAAGUAUAUUUUUAGUACACCCGUUCGUAGCUGUUUGUGAAUAUGAGAGAAAAGAAUUUAUCAAAUCGAACAAGCCGGAAGCAGUGCUCUCCGUCUUUUAUGUCCCGAAGAAUUUUUUAAUUGGCGUUUUUAUACUGUGAACUGAAACCAAUUGUUGUUGUAUGUUUGUUUGUCCCCCUGUGAUUUUACGAAAUUAUGUGCAACGUAACGAUGUACUUGUACGAUGUUGUUAAUUGACGUGUUCCAGUGCCGAUUCAGAUAAUUGCACACUGAUAAAUCCUACUUCUGUAACAGUUGUCGUUAAGUAUAAUAAAUAAGAAAGCAGAUGUUUGAACGCAGAACAGAGCAGAGAACAAAAAUGUAAAAAAAAUAAAACAAAGGUAACACUUUUCAGUUGUUUCGAUGUUCGCACAACUCAAUGCAUUCGUCAAAUGAUUAAUAAAGUGAAAUUCUAUAAUAUGUAAAUUGGAA